UACUGGGGACACUGGUGUUGUCCCCCGCCCCUGUCCCCCCAGCCCCCGCCAUGAGGCCGGUGGCCGCCGCUCUGCCCACUGCCCUGCUGCUGCUGCUGCCGCUCCCCCCAGGGACAUCGGGUGGGCCGUGGGCCGCCUGGAUGCCCCCGGCAGUAGCCGGACUCUCGGGAACGUGCGUGGCCAUUCCGUGUCGUUUCGGUUAUCCGGAAGAAUUACGGCCGAGCGUCGUUCACGGUUUGUGGUAUUUUGGGAGCCCGUACCCCAAAAAUUACCCCCCCGUGGUGGCUCGGUCGAGGACGGGAGCCGUUCACGAAAGUUUUACCGGAAGAGCGAAAUUGGUGGGAGAUCCGGGAAUUCGAGAUUGUUCCUUAUUUUUGGGACCCCUCAGUUCCGAAUUAGCCGGGAAAUAUUAUUUUCGGGGGGAUUUGGGGGGUUAUAAUCAAUACAGCUUCUCCGAACACACAACGUUGGAGGUGUUGGAGGAACCAGUACUGGAAGUCCCCCCCGAACUGGUGGCAGGAGAAGAGGUGGAACUCCGAUGCCGCGUCCCCGACAACUGCCCCCAGCUCCGACCCCGGGUGGGUUGGGAAGGAACCGAAGAACUUCCGGAAGUUUCCGAACGGGAAUUCCGAGAGGACGCGGCCGGAGCCGGCACCGUUUUAUCCCUUUUACGGUUUCGACCGCGGCGAGAGGACGGCGGCCGGCGGUUGGGCUGCAGGGUCACCUUCCCCAACAGCACCCUGGCCUUCGGAGCCACCGUCGCCCUCGAUGUUCAGUACGAACCGCGGGUGCUGGAGGUGUCAGGCCCGGGCGAAGCGGUGGAAGGAACGGCGGUGGAAUUAGGGUGCGAGGCCGAAGGCCGCCCUCCCCCGUUACUUUCUUGGUUCCGGGGUGCGACGGUGUUACGGGAAGAACCGGUUUCGACCGGUUUGCGCUUGGUUUUCCCCCGGGUGGAACCGGGUCAGGCCGGGACCUACAGCUGCGUCGCCGAAAACCGUCAUGGCCGCCAGAACCGGAGCCUGGAGCUGCGCGUGGCCUACGCCCCCCGUUCACCCGUACUCAACGGCUCCCUUUGGGUGGUGGCGGGUGACCCGGUGACGGUGACCUGCGGUGCCACCAGUCACCCGGCCCCUAUCGUGACGGUGACACGGGGACGACGGGUGGUGGCCGCCGCUGUCUAUGAACCCCAAGUGACCAUGACCUUGGCGGCUGCCAAACCGGAGGAUGCCGGGGAAUAUCUGUGCCGGGCCGAGAACCAGCACGGGGAGAGCAGCCUCCCCUUCAACCUUACGGUUGAGUUCCCCCCCAUCCUCCUCCCCGAUUCCCGCUGUACCCCGGGGGGGGAUGGGGCACGUUGCGUCUGUUCGGCUUCCGCCGUUCCCGAACCGGCCGUGACCUUUGACCUACCAUCCCGAAACGUCACCGUCACCGAGGGUCACCGCGAUUACACCGUCACCACGCCGGGACGGGGUACCGGGGGGGUCGUCACCGUCACCGGUAUCCUCACACUUCGGGGGACGCUCGACCCCCGAUUGGCCGUACUUUGCUCCGCCCACAACCCCCACGGCAGCGUCAGGCAACAAUUACGCUUUCAUCAUCCCGGGGGGCUGGUUUGGGCCAAAGUGGGGCCGGUCGGGGCCGUGGUGGCCUUCGCCAUCGUCAUCGCGCUCGUCUGCUACCUCAGCCAGAGCCGUCGCAAGAAGGCGGCGGGAAGCCCCGAGGUGACGCCGGUCCACCCCCACCAGGGCAGGGGGGGGGACCCCGCCCCCGAAUUGCGCCCGCUCCAGGCCCGUUGGCUUCGAGGGGCCGUAGGCCGCUGGGCGCUGGGAGUGGGGGAAGGGCCGGCAACAGCUCCGCAACCGGCCCCUCCCCCCAAACCGGGGCGAGGUCCCCCCGAGGAACCCCCCGAAUACGCCGAGAUCCGCGUCAAGUGACCACGCCCCCUCCCUCCACCCGGACACGCCCACCGCCACCCGGACACGCCCACCGCCUCCUGGCUCCGCCCACCGCCUCCUGGACACGCCCAUCACCUCCUGGCUCCGCCCACCACCUCCUGGCUCC